AAGUCCCUUGAAUUCAGUCAAUGCGCCAUCUUUCUUUUAACUUGAGAAUAGGAGUUCUGUUUCCGCUUCCAGACACGGUAUAGACGAUUUUUAUUGUUAGUUGGUUUUCUAGCUUACAUCUUCAAUUUUGGAUCUAAAUUAAUUUAAUUUAACUGUAUCAAAAUGCCAACCAGAUUUAAGAAGAGUCGUAAAUUACGAGGACAUGUAAGCCAUGGUCAUGGACGUAUCGGUAAACACCGAAAGCAUCCUGGUGGUCGAGGUAACGCUGGUGGUCAACAUCAUCACCGAAUAAACUUUGACAAAUAUCAUCCUGGUUAUUUCGGUAAAGUUGGUAUGCGUAACUACCAUGUACGCAAAAACUCUCUUGCAAAUUACUGUCCAACCAUCAAUGUGGAAAACUUGUGGUCCUUGGUAGGAGAAAAGGUCCGUAAAGAAUUGAGCGAAGAUAAGAGGAAGCGAGCUCCAGUUCUUGAUGUUGUUAAACACGGUUACUUCAAAGUUUUAGGAAAAGGUGCUAUCCCAAAUCAACCUAUUAUUGUAAAAGCUAGAUUGUUCAGUAAACAAGCUGAAGAGAAAAUUAAGAGUGUUGGAGGUGCUUGUGUCCUCAGAGCGUAAAUUAAAAAUUUGACUAAAUGAUCCACUUUGUUUUCUCAAUAAAAUUGUUCAGAAAAUGAA